AGAGUAACUUUAAAUGAAGACUUUGUUCAAUUACUUGUUUGGCCAAAGUCCUGAAAAAAAUCAGUUAUUUACACAGCUAAUUGUUUAUGACUGGUAUAACAUUUAAAUUUAGAAAAAGAAUAGCAUGAAGCCAUGUGUCAGUGUUUAUCAGUAUGGCAUUCAGUAUAUCUGCUGAAAUAUUCCAUCAUUAUGUCCCAUAUAAGGAAUUGGUUCAGAAUUACUCUUCUACAAACCAUGAGAGAAAACUCAAAUAUGAAUAAAAAAUGCCAGGGCAAGCAGAUUCUCAGAGGGACACCUGUGUAUAUGUGUUCACUACUUUUUAUUUUUCAUAGGACAGAUAUGAUUAGGGCUCACCACUAUGCUGGUCCUGAAAGAGUGAGGCCAAAAAAAUAUGUUUAGGCAUAUUUACACACUUCUAUGGCAAGACUUUAAACCUAAAGUUUUGUUUAAAAUUUAGCUAAAGAAGAUACUGUAUUUUUGGAGGUAAAAUGUGUUAGGUAGGACACUGUGGCUAGAGGGUCACACUUCUCCUUAUUUUAAAGGUACCUAAUGCCCAGUGAGCAGUUGUCCAUUUGCAGCAUUUAUUAGCUCUCUGGUGAGUCCCUCACUGUUUCUCCCUUUAUGGACAGCAAGAGAGACCUCUCAGCCAAGGGUGAGCUGCAUUGCUCUUUGGAGGUGACUUUCUACUGGCUGUGGUAAGCAGCAUCCUAACUCACACAUCCUGGUUCCACACAUAAUGUGAAAUGAGAGGAUGCAGCACUUCUUGGAGUCUGGGGAGUGUUUUAAUUGCCAGCAGCAGCCAGAGAGAAGAUACAUUCAUUGUAAAUUGCUGCUCCAAGCUGACCUCCAUUUCCUCGUCUCCCUUCCCAAAAACAUUUUUCACUACCCCACGGGCAGCUGGCUACAAGGAAGAGGGGUUGAAAAUUUCAUAUUUGCAAAGUGCAACCACAUGUAACCUAGGAAAACCUAAGUCAGUGUUACUGAUGAUUGUAUAAAUUUCAUCAGAGAGCAACCUUGGGAAAAGGCAAUUCUAAAACUAUAUUUAUAUAGGAGAGUAUAUCUACAAGGAGAGUAUAUCUAUACAAGAGUAUAUCUUGUUUAUAUUCACAAGGAGAGUAAUAGUGGGGACAGUAUAUCACUUCACUGAGAAGAGGGAGAUGAGAUCCUUGAAGGAAGCAGAGAGGGCAGUCUAAUCACUAUUCAGCCUAGAGGUUGCCUUUGAAUACCUGUAGAAAGUAACACUGUAGAGGUAUUUAGUUGGGAUGAUAUGGACUAGCAUCACUGUAUAAUUCAGUAGGAGCUUCCAAGCAGUUUCUAGUCACCAUCACCAUCAGCUGGAUUUUUAGCAUGAACAGCCCCACAGUCCACUACCAAAUUCCUGAGCCAUGUUCCCUAUUGCUUGCAGUUUGUUCUUUAAAGUAUGACCUAAUAGUCCCUAAACAGACCUACAGACAAUGGUAAAUUACUAAAAGUUUUUAAAAUUUCAAGGAUUUAUGCAAUCAUAAAAUUUUCUCAGAAGAAAGAAAAGUGAGGUUAAGUUUAAAACACAGCGCAAAUUUAACUGCAAGAUAAACUGUUAAACCAAAUGACUUCUGGUUUUGCUCUUUUCUGCCCCUUAGGAAAUCUGUGUCUGAUUCAGGAAGUCCUUUCCCUUCUCUCUCCUUUGUUUCAGUCUUUUUUUUUUUCUUUCUCUGAUUAAAUAACAGGAUUUCUUUUUCCUUUAUUCUGCUGUAGGCUUUUAGCCAUGUCUUUGGAGGAAGUGUAGGAUAUCAAAAAGCUUAUAACCAGAAAGUUAGCCUUUCUUCCUGUAUUUCAAGCUGGAGGAAGGAUGACAGGAAUGCCGUAAAUUUGACAGACUCAUUAAAGCAUUUCAGUGCAUGAACAUAGGGUUGGUGGAGGGAGUAAAGUUUGACCAGCUCAUAUGUUUUUCAUGCUCAAGAGUUUCUUAGGGCUGCUUUGACAACUGCCUGUAGCAGGGAGCAUUUUGCACAGUGUGUUUUCCUCAUCCCCCAGCUGCCGCUCAAAACCAUCCCCUGAAUCUCAUGGCUUUACUGAUCUUGUGGCCACAACCCAAUUCUGGGCCACUAUUCGUAUAAACCUGGUGAGUGCUUUUUUUCAGUAUUCAUCCAGGCUCCCCACUGAUCAUCCUACUUUAAGAAAAGGAAGAAAGGCUUCCCCAUAAAUAUUUGAUUUCUUAACAGCUGUACUCUGGCUCCCUUCUUCUUCCUCUCUGGUUUUGCACACUAGGCUUCUCCUCUGGGUGGAGCAGCCAUCUCCAUGCAGAAAGAGCUUGUCAUUAAUUUGCAUCUGGCCAUUUAGGAGCUUCUCUUCUGUAUUAUGCUAAUGACAGUGUCUCAUAUCCCUUUAGAAGAAAACACAUAGGCUGGCUCUGCCUUUUUCUGAGCUACCCCACAGGGACUCUCCUGAAUUACAGAGCAGCUUAGUGCUGAUUACUUUUUUAUUUCUCCUCUUAGGAAACGGAUAAAAGGUUUAAGUUCUGACACAAACAGGAAAACAUACUAAGAGGAUUUAUCCUGAAGGCAUCUGCUCUUUAAAUAGUGAUGGAGCAGUGUCAGUCCAUUUCCCAGAAGGACCAGAAGCUCCACCACUCUUUGUUCCUUUAGCCCUUGUGUGACUAGAGGCAGAAUAUCCUGUCACAGUCUUUCAGAUAACUCCCAGAAUAUGCAACUUGGUGAUUAUAGGCUGAGGAGGGAUUCACUGUCUCUAGGAGCAUGAAGAAGUUGGGUUUAAAAAAGACUCUGCUCUGCUCCUUUAAGGAUAACACCAAGGCUCAAUUCUGCUCUGAGUGGAGUAAAAGUCAUGCCUGUGGUUUUAAACAAAGGCGUUUUGGCAGGAUUAUGCCAUACAGAAGAGGAAGAGAAAGGGAAACUGCAUUUGAAUUAAUUCAGAUAAGUGAAGAAAGUCUCUCUCUCGUUGUCGAAGAAUUAACAGGAUGCUUUCCAACGAGUCAGUACCUCCUGCCUUCAGUCGCUCCAAUUCUCAAGCCUCCAUGGACAGCACUUCCAUGGAGGACUUCUGGUGUGAAGUAGAGAGCAUCAAGGAGAGCAGAGAAGAUGGAUCUGAAGAAGCAAUGCUCUUGGAGUUCAAACCUGCUGAUGAAGGGGAGCUGGAGGCGGAAUGGCUGCAAGAUGUGGGUUUAUCCACAUUGAUCUCAGGAGCUGAAGAGGAGGAUGGCCAAGCCCUGCUGUCCACUCUGACUAGAACUCAAGCUGCUGCUGUACAGAAGAGGUACAACACCUACACUCAGACCCUGAGGAAGAAGAACAAGCACACGGUCCGGGAUGUGCGAGAUAUCUUUGGCACCAGUGACUCUUCUCCCACAUUUGAGACAGUUCCAGUGUCACCAGUAUCUUCUAAUGGUAUCCAGCUUCCUGGGCAGAAGCCAGUUUGGAAAUCAGUUAGCUCUAAGAGCUGUCUAGACUGUGGAACAGAUAAAGGUAGCCUAUCCAUAACAGAAGAGCUCUCCUAUGAUGUCUCUUUCUCAGAAUCCAUUACAGUCCUUCCAAAAACCCAAGAGUGGCCAAAAAACCAGAGGUUCAAAAAGGAAGACUCGGCUUUGCCAAAAUUCAUUGUUCGGAAAAGCCGUUUUGGACUGACGGAGGUUGGGGACCUCUCUCCUGAAGACAUGAAGAAGAUCCGCUACCUCUCCCUGAUCGAGCUCACGGCCUUCUACGACGCGCUGGGCGUGGAGCUGAAGAGGAACCGCGUGGAGAGGGUGCGGGGACGAGAGAAUGGUCUUUUCGGAGUCCCUCUCACGGUACUGCUGGAGAAUGACCAAAAGAAGGUUCCUGGAAUAAAAGUGCCCCUUAUCUUCCAAAAACUGCUGCUCAAGCUUGAGGAAACAGGUUUGGAAACUGAAGGAAUUCUACGGGUUCCUGGAUCUGCCUCCAGAGUCAAGAAUCUCCAUCAAGAACUUGAGGCAAAAUUUUAUGAAGACACUUUUGACUGGGACCAAGUACGAAAUAAUGAUGCAGCGGGACUGCUAAAAAUGUUUAUAAGAGAACUCCCCAGCCCACUCUUCACAGUAGAAUAUCUGCCUGCAUUCAUCACACUAGUAGAAAAAAUCUCCAAGAUCAAGUUACAACUACAAGCUUUGCAUCUGUUGAUCAUGCUGAUGCCUGAAGCCAACAGAGACACAGCCAAGGCCUUUCUUCAGUUCCUGAAGAAGGUGGUUGCUAAUGAAGGGAAAAACAAGAUGAAUUUGUGGAACGUGUCUAUGAUUGUUGCACCAAACCUCUUCAUCUACAAAGGGAAACGUGCAAACCAGCAAGAAAUGCAAGCAGCUGCCACCACCGCGCACAUUGUGCGGCUUUUAAUCCGGUACCAGGACAUCCUGUGGACAGUCCCAUCUUUCCUGAUUUCCCAAGUGAGAAAAAUGAAUGAGGCAGCAAUGAACAACAGCAAGAGACAGCUGAUGUUUGAUAAAGGAGUGAGAAAACUUUUGAGAAGAAAGACCAUGGAACGGGAGAGACCUGAAAGACCAGAGGGAGCUGUCACUUUCCCUCCAUACUUGCAGUCUGACAUACCCGAGGGGGUGAUAAGAGUUUAUGCUCCACUGCAUUCAAAAGUCUCUAUGGCAAUUCAACUCAACAGCCAAACAAAAGCCAAAGACAUCCUGGCUCGAUUCCACUGUGAAAACAGCCGUGGAUCAUCACAGAACGUGAGAGGCCAGAUCCAAAGUUUACAUGAAAUUGGAGGAAAUAUAGGUCAGCACUGUUUGGAUCCAGAUGCAUUCAUGCUAGAUGUCUACCGUGCAAAUCCUCAGGCAGAAUGGGUGAUAAAACCAAAAGCCAGCUGAAGCAGAAGGCAGCAGUGUACUGGACAAAAGCCAAAUGGACAAGAGUGAUGCCUGUGAUUUUAAGCAGCUCUUGCAGAGACAUAACAAAAUGGUAUCCACAGGACAUCAUUCCUUCCUACUGUACUGUCCAACUGAUGGUCAGCACAUAGUACUUUUGGUAUUCCAGCUUCCAAACCAUCGGAAAAAUAUCACAUUAGUUAUGUUUUCAUAUGGAUUACACUUGUGCCAGUUGGCCCAGGAGGUGAGGAGGACAGACCAAGGUACGGUGUUCGUUUCCUGACCUGGUGUUAGAACAGUUUUUGGAAAUAAUGCAGUGGCAUCAGAUGAAUGAAACACUACUGACCACAGCAUGGCACAGAAGCAUGACAGACGUCGGAAAAGGGAAGGUGUCUGCCAGGCAUGGAAGGUGGGAGCUCGACAUGCAGCAGUGCCAAGACAGCUGUGUGAAAACCAAACCUUUCUCCUGAAAGUAAACCCAUGCAGUGUGUGCUACUGCAGUGCUUGUGUCUCUCAGUUACUCCUCAUGAGUACCUGAUGCUGGGGGAGGGAGGCAGGAGGAGGAACCACAGACAGCUGUACUGCUCAGUGUACGUGCCACUGUAUAUCUCACUACCAGUCUUCCAAAAUCAUCUGUCUGAAUCCCUCAGCUGUGUGCAAUUCUAAUGCCACAAAUCACGCUCCCCUCCCUUCCCCUGUCACACAAGUUUCAGGAGACAGAGACUAGGUGAGGAGGGGCAUAUGCCCCUAGCUCUGCCUCUUACUUGAUACUCUCAGAAUUAAAUCUGUGUAAUGCCAGACUAUGAGAUGUGUUAAUGGUGCCACUUACAGUCAUCAUCUUUUUUGUUAAACAUUAUAGUUUCUAAUUUGUAACCUUUUUCUUCUUUAUUUUGUUUAUUUUAGCUUUAAUAUGUAAGCAAUUUUUCUACUCUUCUGCUGCAUCAACAAGAGAGAUCUUUGUUCAGGUCUUGUAUAAUACAGCAUGGAGAAGAACCAGGACUUCCAAUGAGAAAAGGGAUUUAAUAAUUUACAGAUUAGGUCUUUAAAACCAUAGCCAAUCUAGGCCCAGUUGUGCUGGGGGUUUUACAAAUACGUAGCAAAUUGCAGCUGGCAUGCAGUCUAAGCAAACACACAGGCUGACAAGAGAAUAGUAGGCUGCCACUGAAUUGGGAAUGUCAGAUAGGAUGUCUUGUUUGGAGCUAGUCACAAGAGCAAGCAGUGUUCAGUCAUCUCAUUUUGGGCUGUGCUGAACUAAAAGAGGUUUGUUGAGUAAGAAAAUCACAAAUCUCUGGAAAAGAGAAAGUAUUUUUUUUAUCUGUGUCAUAUGCAAUAAUUGGGAAUCAAUGCCUUCAGCUGCACUGCAAUGUCCCCACUACUGUUGAACCCCCAGCCUGAGCAAUGAUUUUUGUUCCUGAUCUGGUCACAGGGAUGAGGCAGAAGCUCUCUUUAUUACAUAGCAACUUAAAAGCACUCUGAACCAAGUCCUCCAGGUGAACUGGAGGUAAAUAAAGUCUGCUGUCCUGCAGAGAAAGCCUGUAACUUGUGAUGCUUUGCUGAAGCUGUGCAAUGAGGAUCUGACCCAGAAGCAGACCCUCUAAAAUGUGUAGAGACAAUUGUGUUCUCCAGUAGUUAAUUUUCAUUGUUAGUGGUCAGUGAAAGAAAUCAACAUUGGAUCAGUAACUUUACCAGCAACAAUAAUGUCUACAGAGGGCAGAUCCUAACUUCUUUCUUAUCUUCUUGAUAAAAAAUGGCAACAUUUUCUUUAGAACAGUGACAUUUUUAACUGUCUGGUUGUUUUGUUUUUUGUUUUGUUUUUUUUGGGGGGGAGGGGGUUUGUUUGUUUUUUGUAGGUUUUUGUUGUUGUUGUUUGGUUGCGUUUUGGUUUUUUUUUUGUUUUUCCUUUUUCUUCUUAACACUAAAGGAAACGCAGUUGCAGCCAGGAAAAAAAACAGGACAAUUGUAUUAUAAAAUACACUCCUUAUUUUGAAAACUAUUUAUUUUAAGUAUACAAGAGAUAGUAGGUCUGUGGCUUGUUUAUAGGACUAAGCAUAAACAUUUUGUCUUGUGCUUUGCUCCCAAUACCCUUUAGUUCCCUCUGUGGCAAUGGACAGCUCUUUGUGCUUAUGCUGCCCUUGAAUGUCAGCUGUAAAGCAGGACUAGUACUUUCUGUAUAAAGGCAACAUGAGAAUUAGUUGAGUUAAAUUCUACUCUCAGAUGUAGCCAAACAAUUCCCUGAGCAGAUCAGGAGUAAUGAACAUCCAUCUGGGAAGACCAAACCCAGCAAAGGCUUUUUAUGUGGAAAGUGCUUUGAAUAUAAAGAGAAUCAGAUAAAUGCUAAGCAUCAUUGUAUCUAUAGCCAACUAAAAGGCAUGCUGUGACUAUACAGAAAGCCUAAACAUUAAGAAAGUAAUUUGCAGUGUCAUAGCAAACGAGCUAACUUCCUACAAUACUUUCAGACAAAUACAUUGACCUCCUCCAUUUUGCCCACUCACUUCCCUCUGUGUUCUCAAUGGCUGUGCAAGGGAAAGGACAGAGCAGCCCCAUGUUCAUGCUGCAACUUGCUCAGCAUGUUCUGGACCUCAUCACUGUUAUUUCUGAAAUAGAUCUCCCUGCAUUCUGUAUAGAAUACCAGAGGGUUUUGGAAGACUUUUACCACUUCACAACUUAGGAAAGUCAAAUAUGAUGUUAUAAAAUCCACCCUGUGAGCUCUUGUUUUAUGCUGAAACUGCCUGUAACUUUGUAAGACAUGCAUAUUAGCAGAUGAACUAUAUUCUAUAUAAAAUGGCCAAAUACCUCCUGUCUCUGAAAAAGAAUGACAGAAUUCUGUUUUGAUACAAAUGGCCCUAAUGACCCAUGUGUAGUGGUUAAUACUGUACCACAUUAAGUUGUUUUGUAUUGUUUUGGUACACUAACUUGAUUUAAUAUGCAGCAGACAAAUGGAACAAGCUCAAUGGUAUUUUGAAAUACGAGGUUUUAACUUCAGGUCUUAUAUUACAACAUACUGGUGGAGGCAUGAGGAAUUUUGUUUCUCCUGAUAGAAGCUGAAGUCAAAACUUAAGUUGCAAGAGGAUUGUCACCUAAAAAGAAGUAACAUAUGUGGAAAGCUAUUAGUAAGAAAGUGGUAGCAAGCAAAGAUGCCUCAAUCAUUUAUAUACUCCAUGGUUCUACAAGGACAGCAUUUUGCAUAUCGACACAUAGAGAGAGUAUUGUAAAAAGCAGGUGUUGCAAAACAGACUGGAAUGCUUUAACCUGUAUAUGCAGCGAAUGUCAUUAGAAAGUGUGUGUGUGUGCAAAUGUGUUUGUGUCCAUGUAUAAUAUUAACUACCUCAGUCUGCAUUUUCCAGGAAAAAUGUUUUGGCUUAGACAUUUACUACUUAAUCUAUUAUCAAUUUCACAUUAAUACUGACAAAGUAUUUCUUUUUGUAUAAGGCAAGAUUUGAAAUUACAAAAAAAAAAAAAAUCUAGUAAAAUACGUAUUUUGGGAUAUGGAUGAAAUUUUAUCCAAAACAUGUUGCCUAAAUUAUGCUUGUAAUGUGAACCUUGUGAGAUCAGAUGUUGGGGUUAAUAGACAAUGAAUACAAACACACAGUGUUUCAUUUUUAUUUUUCAAUGGGUUUCUUUUCAUGUGUGUCUUCUCUGGAAAAUAAUACAAUGCCACUAAUCAAAGUGAAGUGUUUGUAUGUACGUUUCCCUUACAAUCCUCAUUAUGUUAUGUGUUUUGUUGAAGUAUGCCAACAUGUAAGUGUAUUUGUACAGCAGUGUGUCCACUGUAUUGUAUCCAUGUCAAAAAUAAAAACAAAUACAACAAA